AUGGGGGGAAUCAAGACCUUUAGAGAUGAUAAGCUUAGCAGAGGAGAAGACAUAUCACAAGAGCUCCUCAAAGCAAUUGAGGAGUCCAGAGUUUUAAUCGUCGUCUUCUCUCAAAAUUAUGCUUCCUCAAGGUGGUGCUUAGACGAACUGGUCAAGAUACUUGACUGUAGAAAAUCCAAAGGACAGAAGUUUAGAGCAGUUUUCUACAAGGUGGCUCCCUCUGAUGUACGACACCAAACAGGUGCUUUCGGUGAUGCAUUUGCUACGCUUGAUCAAUGCAAAUACAAGGAUAGCAUCGGCAAAUGGAGGAAGGCUCUUGACGCAUGUGCUACGCUUAAUCAAUGCAAAUACAAGGAUAGCAUCGGCAAAUGGAGGAAGGCUCUUGAGGAAGCAGCAAAUUUGUCUGGAUGGACUUUCGAGGAGGGCCGGUACGAGACUGAAUUUAUCGAGGAAAUUGUUGAGGAUUUGUUCGCCCAAGUAAUAAACCCUUUAUGUGAGCUGCACGUUGCUGAUCAUCCAAUUGGCUUAGAGUCUUGUAGAGAAGAGGUCAACAAACUUUUAGAUGCCGAUGAGAAUAACAUGGUUGGCAUAUGGGGGCCUGGUGGAAUAGGAAAGACUACAAUUGCGAAGGAUGUGUUUAAUUCAAUUAGCCAUAAGUUUGAAGGUAGUUGUUUCUUGGCGGAUGUUAGAUCAAAAGGCAUAACCCAACUGCAAGAGACACUUUUGUCUCAUAUAUUAAACUCAACUUUGAAGGUGCACAAUGUUGAUGAAGGACUAAGUUUUAUAAAGACGAGGAUGCAACAUAAAAAAGUUCUCUUAAUCCUUGAUGAUGUGAGUCAUUCUAGCCAAUUACAUAACUUAGUUCCAUCCCCUGAUUGUUUUAGUCCAGGCAGUAGAAUUCUCAUAACAACAAGAGAUAAACGUUGGCUAAUUGCUCAUCAAGUUAAUCAAGUAUAUGAGGUCAAGAUGUUAGAUGAUCAUCAUGCUUUGGAGUUGUUUAGCUUGCAUGCAUUCAAAAGAAUUGAACCUCCAAGCGAUUAUCUGAAACUUGCACAACAUGUUAUACGCUAUGCCCAAGGCCUUCCAUUAGCUUUGAUAGUCUUAGGCUCUCAUCUAUUUCGUAGAAGCAUAGAGGAGUGGAAAGCUAUAAUAGGUAGUUGUAAAGGAGGCCCUCAGGCAAAGAUACAAGACGUUCUCAAACUAAGUUAUGAUGCUCUAGAAGCAGAUUUAAAAGGACUAUUUCUUGACAUCGCUUGCUUCUUUAAAGGUAAGCAUGUAGCCCGUGUGAAACCAAUACUAGAAGCUUGCUACGACCACAAAACAAUGAUGAUUGGUAUUGCACAACUCCAAGAAAAAGCCUUAAUAAGAAUUGACGAUGAGAAUUACAAUGGUGGUUGGAUUUGGAUGCAUGACUUGAUAGAAGAAAUGGGUAAAGACAUAGUGCAUCAAGAGUCACCUGAUGAACCUGGGAAACGCAGCAGAGUGUGGAGUGAAGAAGAUGUCUACGACGUUCUAACAAAUAAUAUAAAACGUGAUUUAUGGAGCGAAGCUCUCCGAUUUUAGUGAGAGAGGUUCGUCUGUAUAUGUAGAGAGAGAAGCUCUCCGGGUUUGAGUGUGGAGCUCUAUCAUUUUAGAGAGAGAGAGAGAGGAACUGUGCAAUUUAUAUAGGCAGGGGAGAGAAGCGUCCUGGUCCCGGUUGUCGAA